ACGAUUUUACGUUGUUACUUUCUUGGAUUGACUAUCAUUAAGCUACAGUGUUGGAUGUACUGCCGCUGGGGUUUUAAAAAUGAUGCAGACGUUAUGCAUUCUGUAUGAACGACACACGUGUUCGAUGUGCAUGCGAAGUAAGGCAGCACUCUAUGUGCAAAAUAUUACGGAUACCUUGGAAAAUCUUUCAAAGAAUAAAUAUAUUUUGUAUUUUAUUGAUUGUUGAUUCUUUUAUUAUUUAUUACAAACAUUUUACUACAUUGUGUAGUUCAUGCAUUCAGAAGUCCGUGCAACCUGAAUGCCUCGAUCAAAAAGCAACCGACCGUAACUUUAUCAACCGGUAUAUAUACCCCAGUGACAGUAGAGGAGCGAUCAAAACUAAUAUGGCGACCAAAUGCUUUUCUGAAUUCAUGUCAGCUUUAAGAUCUGAAAUCUACGGGGUCUCUUGGAGAAGUGCAAAAGAUCAAUGAUUAGUGUCUUCUCAAAAAAUUGAACUCAAGUUGCAUUCGUCCCAUUGAAGAGUGAUGACACCGACAGGAAAAAUCACGGCAUUGCUCUUAAUUUUGUUACGAGAUUCAUUUGGAAAACUGGAUGAGGUUUACCUUACAAAAACUAGAACAAGGCUAGAUCUUGUUGAACCUUCCUUGUCGAUUUGGUCAGGUCCUAUAUUUGGGAUAUUCAAAUGCAGUUUUAUCUGCCUUCAGGAACCACAAUGUGUAUCAUUACUGUUCAACGAAACGACAAAAUUUUGCAACCUUUUCAACGUAAUAUACGAUGGUGACGAAAGUGGAAACGUGGAGAAUUACUAUAUCAUAAGUGGGAAAAGUACACAGUUUGUGCCAGCAUCCUGCUUGGACAUCAUUACAUACGCUAACAUAACGACAGAUGGGGAUUACUGGAUUUAUCCAAUGGCAGCCAAUGGGAGGCGAACCAAGAUCUUUUGUCACGACAUGGCAAAUGAACCUUCACAUUUCAUCACCUUAAAAUACACGAACAGCUUUGUUCAACACGAUGGCUCAAACUGGAUAGUUUCUGAUCGAACAUGCCAAUCCAGUCUGAAUCCUCCUUUAAAACAAGUGGAGUUUACCAAAAUUAAAAUACAAAUAGAGGACAUGGUGGUUAAUGGAACAGACUACACGUUCACUUCCGUGAUAGGAUCACCCACAACUAAGUACGGAGAGUCUUGGGAUUGUAACGGACCCUACUAUCUUAAUCCAUGUCCUCAUUUUGGACAUGCGGUCAUUGACACUAGAGGAACUGGACUGAUUGUUGACCCUAGCAUAACGUUUGGUUUACUUGCGCAACAUCAGGCUGAAAUGAAAGACUUCAUCAGAUCAGCUGACGGUUCUCAGAUAUCCUUCCUGUGCGCUGGGUGGUGCAGCAUAUGUGGACCAAAGUCUGGACCAAUCAAAUUGCUUCUUUCUACGGAGUUUAUUUCAGCUACUGAUGCACAGCCCGCAAUUUGUCGCAAGUAAAAGAUGUUUUCCGGUUUCAGGAUCCAUAUCCAUAAUAUUUUCAAAUUUUGUGCUUUGUUUGAAAUAAGUCAUAAUUAUUGAUUUAAAAAACAAAGUCUGAUUUUUGUAUAAACACAUUUUUUGAUUGUAGAUCAUGAAUAUUUGUUGUAAAUAAGAAAAAAUAAUAUUUCCCAUCAAAUUAACUGGAUAUAGUACAUUCAAGUACAUGUAGUACUCUAGCGCAGAUCCAGGACCAUGUAGAAAAACACCCACGACUUGACUUCUAAUAACUACAGAGCCAAAGUACUAGUAUCUACAUUUACAGUACUGUAAAGGUGGUGAUUUACGCGUGGGGCAAGUUACACGGUAAGCUAAAACCGCUUAAAAAAAUCCCCGCGUAUAGUAAAGGUGGCAGGGGACAGUUUUUUUUAUACAAUUCAUUGUAGCCAAGGGAUGCAUGUCUUCGGAACUCUGUAACUAGAAUUUCCUCAGUUCCCAUUCAGCACAAAUACCUUUAAUUCACUCUUUAUAAGGCCAAUCACCAACUUCUGAAGAAAAUUACUAAUCAAAACCUGUAAAAUUCUCUACAUACUGGUUUUUAUGAGAUUUUGACCCUUUCAUAUUUUGCUAAUUUUUCAUGAUUUUUCAGCUUUUUAGACCUCCCCCAGCUAAUUCCCUGCAGAGGGUUGACCUUCCGUACCGCGUGCAUGUUGCACUAUCACAAACUUACCGGUGUAUAGUUUUCAAUGUCCCAUCCACCUACUUUUCGUGUUAUUUUACCUCCCGUCUGUAACUUGCAAUUUCACUGUGUAAAGUCAGCACAAAAGUCAUAGCCGCAUGUUUCGCAUUUUACUUCUGAUUCUCAUGUACCUAACAUAAGGGGCCUACAUAUUGCAUAUCAAUUUCAACAAGAGACACCCCUCUAACUAAUGAUAAUCAUUAAAAAUCAUUUCAUGAAUUUUAGCAACACUCAUAAGCCUUCAAGUACAGCAACUCUCAAUUUUACAAAAAUAUUGUACUUUAUUCGAAACUGUCCCUUGCUACCAAAAUAACUUCAGAAUGGUAAAUCACACAUCCGCGUACUUAACACCCACACGCGUUGUUUGACUAAAAAAAAGCGUACCUUACUUCCAGCGUAAAUAACCACUUUUAUAGUAUCACAUAUCUAGUACAUGAAUAUACAGUAUCAAA